UGUCAAAUAUAUCCCCAACGUAAUGUCGGUAGCUGACAGAUGACUCGUCAUUCGAUUUAGUCUGUAAAUAAUCGUUUUCAUUCGCGUAUGCAUUGCGUUUGAUGCUCGAGCACUAUAUGUAGAAUAAUUUAACAUUGGCUCAGGUGGAAAUGUCAUUUCUCACGAAUACCUGGACAUAUUAAUGUCAUGGCGAGUUCCGUCGACGAAAUAAAGGAGCCGUUCUCCAUGAGCGGUAGAGGAGGUUGCAUGGCUCAGAAGGGAUCUAUAUCCUAUGAAGAAAUAGCUACAAAACUUCUUGAUGAGAAGCUUUACUUGACAGCUUUAGAAUUGCAUGCUGAACUAUGUGAGGUAGGCAAGGAGCUAUCAGUUCUCAGAGAAUUUUUCUCAAAUCCAAACAACUUUGAGAAACCUAACAUCAAGCCAGAACCAUAUACACCCAUGCCCAGGUCUUCUAGUCAGGCAACUUUGGAUUCUUUGGACAUGACUCGGUACUCAGAAGAUGGAGCUGGUGUUGAUGAAAGAGUAGCUAUUCUUGAAUUUGAAUUGCGCAAGGCUAGAGAAAAUAUCUCUGCAUUACGUGCUAAUCUAACCGUAGUAACAGAAUCGGAAGGUACAUUAAAGGCACCUGACAAGAGUUCUGAAAAGAAUCUAACUGGACUACCUAUCAAACCACAUGAGCAGCGAGCAUUGAAUUUUCUUAUCAACGAGUACUUGCUGGCAAGAUCUUACAAGCUUACUUCGAUUACCUUUAGUGAUGAGGACGAAGAUCAGGAUUUUGAAGACUGGCAAGAUGUAGGAUUAAAUAUUCCCAAACCUGCAGAAUUAUUACAGAUAUACAGGGAAUACAUGAGAGCCAAUGGACACGAUAAACCACCAUCUGUAAGUGUCGCUGUACAAACGGACUUUGUCGUCGAUGAAAUCGUCGAGGAACGAAAGAAUGAAUUUCACGAAAUGGCAGAACAGAUUGAAAGAUUACAACAACAAACAGCAGUAUUAGAACAGGAAAAAGCUGCUCUUCAGGAAAUAAUAUCAUCAUCUAAUGAAAAUGCAAUAGAAAAUCCAACUAAGUCUGGUAGCUGCGGAACUAUUCGUACCAUCAAUUCCAGUUCUACAACUCCUGACAAAUUUGAAAUGUUAGAACCAUUACCAAGAGACAUAUCGACUGCUACUCAGGAACCGGAAGAAGACGAUAGUGCUUCCGCGGUUGUCAGUCUAGAUGAAACAGAUCCGGGAGACAAAGAAUGGACCAGGCUACAGUUACCUAGAGUGAAUAUUAUAGAGCGAUCCUCUAGAGAUGUUCUAUCAACCACAUCUUCCAGAGAUCUACCAACAAAGUUCAAAUUAGAAGUAGCGACGCACUGUUUGGCGAAUAUUUCGGGAUCGGUGAUGUCCUCAGUAGAAGAAUCGUUGAAGUGCGGAGUUACUCGGGACACAUUGGUGGAGAUUCUGACAUGUACCUUGCCGCGUAUUGUGCCUAAUAUCAUUCUUAACAAGCGCGAGGAGAUCAUUCCUUUGAUUCUCAGCGCGAUUCAUCUGCAUCCGAAUUCUAGUGAGAGAGAGAAAUUGCUACAGCUGCUGUUUAAUUUGAAGAAAAGACCGCAGGAAGACGAGCGGCAAAUGAUAUUGGCCGGUUUAAUCGUGAUGGUGAAACUAGCGGAAGAACCGCUAGAAAAUGAAGAAAUUCUGACGAUCUGCUGGGAACAAAGUCAACACAAGUAUCCAGAGCGGAGAUUAUUAGCUGUCGAGUGUUGUUCGGUACUCGCAUCGUACACGUCGGCUUCCAUUAGAAAUUCACUGAUGUUGUCUAUGCUGCAGCAGAUGUUAUUGGAAGACAAGGAUCCCGUUGUUCGGACCAGCGUUGUGAGAAGUCUCGCGUUGCUCAUAGCUCUGAUGGACGAUCCUGACAAAUAUUUCCAAUGCGAGGAACUAGCGUUAACAGCGCUCCAUGACACGUCGUCGAUGGUCAUCGAAACGGCAUCCUCAGUGUUGUUACCGGUGUUGGCACAGUGGGCGUUAUCCUUGAAGAGAUUGCAUCUGAAUCUGCUGCCGCGCAUAAUCUCGAAAGUAAAGAACCAACUGAAACUCACGCACUCGCAGAAUUCGCCGAACAAGGACUACAUCGAUGAGGAGAAACUGGUGCCGUCAGUUGGUAUUCUGCAAUGUAUCUUGCCAUAUAUGGUCCUGUGCGUCGCCGAUACCGAUGCUGUGCGAUCCUGCAUCGAAGACGGAACCUCGUCGGACUUGCCCGAGGAAUUUCUGGACUUGUGUCACUCCAACAUCGUCGACCCGAGGGUAUUCUACGAGGGUCCUGUCAAUGUCGGCAUUCUCCUGAACACGUUUUUCUCCAAAUCCUGGGAGGAUGUGUCCUGGCCGGAAUUAGAAUGGUUUACAACUAAAUUGGUAUUCGAUGUUUUGGAAAUGGUGAAAUCCAUAGACGCAGUGCACGAAAACGUUUUAAAGACACUUCUCAUGUACAUUUAUUCGUUGUGCGUGGGCUUUGGCACAUAUAUUACACGGUCGAAGAUACAAGCGUCAUUUUUCCCUGAAGUGUCGGAACUCGAGAAGCAACUGACAGCGUUAUCGGUAGACAAGAAAAAUAUGAAUCUCACGUUGAUUCCAAGUUACCUGGUGAUUCUGAGCACUCUCGAUUCCACGGAUCUAAUCGAUUAUUUCAAACAAUUCCUUGUGAUCUUGUCCUUGAGCGGUACUAGUAUAUCUUGGUUGCAUGUCGCUGCCAGUAUUUUGUGCGCUCGAGAAGAGAUGCAGGAGCACGUACUUGUUAGUUUAUGGGAUGGUGUGGUGCAUCCGCGAUCCAGUGUGAGAUGCGCGACGGCAGCGCUAUUCGGUUUAAUCAUAGCUCAUGUCUCAGAUCGACUCGCGAGCGCGAGGAUUGUACCAGCCAUCGUAACACUAGCCAGCGAUCCCGAAGUUGGUGUGCGCUGCGCAGCGAUUUCUUCAUUGGGUCGUAUAAUAACGGAAUGCAAAGUAAGAGAAGCUCGUGACAAAGCACGAUUGACAUUGGAAACGAUCGCAAAGGACCCUCAGGGAUUUUCUCAAGCUCUGGCUACUUCAUUGGUGUCCACGUUCGCGUUUAUCGCGCCCAAUUGUCCGCAGAAUUAUAUAGAAGACAUAAUAGCGACGCAAUUAUCGGCUAUCGCCACAUUCGCGCUUCAACAGAACCGCAAGAUCGAAUUGGUGAACACAUUGGUGGAAGCGUACUCGGUGUUGGUUUAUUGCCCGUUAAGUAGCCAAUGCGUUUCUGGAGUAGUGGUGCCGGGACUGCGGCAUCUCGAGACAUUGGUGAAUCAGUGCCUACCUCAGCAGAAGGAUGCGGUGCGAUCGCUGCUCAGGGAAACAGAAUCCAGGCAGGAUGUAGCGAAGCCGAUCGAGAGGACACUUUCGAUGAGUUCCGGGCUUUCCUUGUCCAUGGCGACGGUGAACGUCGGCCAGGGUGUGGAAGACAUGCGCCAGAGGAUGAGCAAGAUCUUUCAGCAGAAAACCGGGUCGCCCAGCAUGUCUAGCAUUUUUCGCAAAAAAUAAACUUACCUCUGCGUUAUAACGGUAAAUUAAGGAAACUUAGUAUUACUAUCGUCGCGUCACGAGUGUCUCGUCGACUCCUCGUACAAAGAUCAGCGAGAGACCAAUCAUGAAGUUAUUGUUAGGAUGUGAAUGUUGUUUUAAAGGAAAGUUAACUUAUUUUUUUAUCGUGCUCUAGCUAGUAAGUAACAUGUAAAUUAUUUUGUUUAAAUGUCAAAACAACACGCUUCGGACGGAGGGAAAAUACGAAUUUUCACAUUUUGUAAAAAUCGAUAUCGAUAAUGUUAAUCCCUUUUUCUUUCUCAACA